ACAGACUUGUUCGGCGUGAGUGAGAUCCCUUCUUCUAUGUCCCUAGUUAGGUCCCAUAAAGCACUCUCCACCCUUCCAGGCUCCUCUUGACCAGAAUGCCUAUUGUCAUUACUCCUCUGAAAUGACGAAUCUAGCAGCGUGGAGGCGAGAAUUGGGGGAGCCGGUGCAGGCAAGCCCGUCAUUGUAUAUGUCCUUAGGUAGCCUCUCGCUCUUGGAAGUUAGGCUUGCGGAGACCAGAGAAGACAGGAAGUUCAAUCCAUUAAUCAGGUAAAGAGGUUCUCCUGUUCCUGACUUUCCAUCUUCGUUGUUGAGGAGAACUCGUGCGCGACUCGGUUUCGUUCUGAUAUUGGUCAAACACUACAAAACCUUUCAGCUGGAUAGUUAUUCGAUAACUACUCUUCUCGUUAAUUCUGUAUGAACUCAGCCUUCCAGUUCCAAUCUGUCUGCCACUCUGAAGCUCAGUGAUUUGAUUUGCAUGUUCCCACAUUCCUCGGGUUAGUUAAAUAUUCAAGUUGCAAUAUCCACCCCGCAUUCCCCACACCUUGCCACGCCCUUGUUACGCAAUUGUAGUAUGUACAUGUACUGUGCAUUAACUACUGGUCAACAUCUAUGUGUAAUCGAAGAAUCCAAGCAAAACUUGAGUCGCGAUAGAUGCACUAUUUGUUGAUGAUAGAUAUUUAUUUUUGACCUAAAUAGCUGAAACUUCAGUGAGAACUGGCAACUUCUUUCAUACAAAGCCGGCUGACUCAAUUGCUACAUCGUUGAGUCUUUGAGAAACAUAACACCAAAGCAGAAAGACGCUGCUUGCAUUCUUAUACCUCGAUCAAAAAGCUCAUAAAAAGAAAGCCCAAUAUGAGCCCCACCGCCAUUACAGAAAUCACCGUUCCCGUGAACAACCCCGUUGCAAAGUCUCCAGAAGACCAGAAAAAGACUCAACAUGUUCACGGGGGUGAAGGCUUAACAGCCCUCCAGGCUAUCUCACAUGGCGGAAUCGCCCUUCCAGGAAUCCCCAGCUUCACCUCCCACGAGCUGAAACGCCAAUGGCAACUCGAGCACAUGGCAGGUGCCUUCCGCAUCUGGGCCCGCCACGGCUACACAGAAGGUCUGUCCGGCCACAUCAGCGUCCGGGACCCCGAGCACGCCAACGCCUUCUGGACGAACCCCCUAGCCGUGCACUUCGGCAUGUUAAAAGCCAGCGACAUGAUCCUCGUCGAUCUCAACGGGACCGUAAUUGGUGGUAAUCGCUCGCGGCCCGCCAACGCUGCCGGCUUCCUCAUCCACGCCGCCGUGCACAAGGCGCGCGAGGACGUGCAUGCCGUCUGCCAUGCGCAUACCAUCUACGGGAAGGCGUGGUCAUCAUUUGCGCGCCCGCUGGAGAUGCUGAAUCAGGACGCGUGCAAGUUUUUCGGGGCGCAUAGCGUGUAUGAAUCGUACGGCGGGGUGGUGUUGGCCGCGGAGGAAGGGGAUUUGAUUGCCAAGGCCUUGGGGAAUGGGAAGGGGUGUAUUUUGAUGAAUCAUGGGCUGUUGACGGUUGGGGGCACGGUGGAUGAGGCGGCGUAUUUGUUUGGGUUGAUGGAGCGGAGUUGUCGGGUGCAGUUGCUGGCGGAGGCAGCUGCUGCGAACGGGUGCAAGAAGGUUCUGAUUUCGGAUGAGGAGGCGGCGUAUAAUUUCAAGGUGGAGAGUGACCCGGAGUAUUUGUAUCGCGAGUUUCAACCUGAUUAUGAGUAUGAGGAUAUGUUGUGCAAUGGAGCGUUUAAGAAUUGACGGAGAUCAUAUAAUCCUGGGGUUCUCUAAAAAUCGAGCAGUUACAGCGGGUAGACUACCAGACAAGACAGGUGUGGUGAGUCGGCCAUUUGAGCAAAUAUGAAAAUUUUAGAUACUAAAUUAUUAUCUACCCUAUACCAUCUAUAUAAAUCCAUAAAAGCUAUCGGUCAGCGCCAUAGAAACCUUUUUGUAAGAAUGAAAGUAGGUCCAGAAAGGCUGUGUGUGGUGGAGGGAGUGGGGUUGGGAACAAAGAGAAAUCAGCCUGGCAAGGAUAGAUUUGGUAAUAAAAC